AUGGAAGAAUAUCAUUUAAAGUGUAUUGUAACAGGACCACCAUUUGUUGGAAAAUCAUCAUUAUUAUUACAAUUUUGUGAAAAAGAAUUUUCAUUUGAAAUGGAUACAACUAUUGGUGUUGAAUUUCAAACUAGAAGUAUUUUAAUUGAUUCCAGUAAAAUUAAAUUGGAAAUCUGGGAUACAGCAGGUCAAGAAUCAUUUAGAUCAAUUACAACAAAUUAUUAUAGAGGUGCACAUAUUGCAUUAUUAUGUUAUGAUAUUACAAAACGUCAAUCAUUUCAAUAUUUAAGUGGAUGGAUGGAUGAAGUUAGACAAAUGUCAAGUCCAAAUAUAGUAAUAGCAUUAAUUGGUAAUAAAUGUGAUUGUAAAGAUAAAAGAGUGAUUACAACAGAGGAAGGAGCAAAAAAUGCAAAGGAAAACGAUAUCCUAUUUUUUGAAACCUCUGCAAAAGAUUAUGAAAGUGUAGAAUCAGUUUUUGAUGGUGUAUCUAAAAAAGUUUUAUCUUUAAUUAAACAAGGUACUUUAACUGUAGUAAAUAAAAAACCACAAAGUAUUCAACUUGGUGCUCCAACUCAAGAAACCCCAAAGAAACCAAAGAGUGAAUGUUGUAAAUAA